AGCCGCCAGUCUGCCAGUCGGCGCAGCGCACUCCAGCCAUGGGGAAGCCGCUUCCUUCCGGGCGCCGCGCAGCCUUCCUGCUGGACUCCCAGUCGACGCCGCUCGCCAUGUCGCCGCUGGGCGGCCGCUCCCCCGGUGUGACGCUGACGUGGCGCGACGUCUCAGUGUACGCCGUCUCGCGGGGUGGCUUCUGGAGGCGCAGCCUGCAACACCGGCGCAUCGUGAACGGCGUGACUGGAGUGGUUCGACCCGGAACCCUCGUGGCGAUGCUGGGAGGCAGCGGCGCCGGCAAGACGACGCUCAUGGCGGCGCUGGCUCACCGAUCACCAGCGGGCACGCUGGUGGACGGCGACAUCCGCGUGAACGGCCAGCCGGUGGGUUCCGGCAUGCGGCGACUCAGUGGCUACAUGCACCAGCACGAGCUCUUCGUCGGCAGCCUCACCGUACGCGAGCACCUCACGCUCAUGGCGCGGCUGAAGAUGGACCGCCGGACGCGCAGCAGCACCCGCGACCGGCAGCUGCAGCAGCUGCUGCAGCAGCUGGGGCUGGAGGACCGUGCCGACGCGCGCAUCGACGGCGCCCUGUCCGGCGGCGAGCGGAAGAGGCUUGCCUUCGCGGCAGAGCUGAUGACCGACCCGCUGCUGCUGUUCUGCGACGAGCCGACCACCGGCCUGGACUCGUUCUCGGCGCAGAAGCUGGUGCACAUGCUGCGCCAGCUGGCCGACCAGGGCCGCACCGUGCUGUGCACCAUCCACCAGCCGUCCAGCGAGGUGCUCGACCUCUUCCACGAGGUCAUCCUGCUCGCCGACGGGCGCGUCGCCUUCGCGGGCGACCUCUCUGCCGCGCUGUCCUUCUUCAGCAGCCAGGGACUGGAGUGCCCGCCGCGCUACAACCCGGCCGACUUCCUGGUGUGCGCCGUGUCGGACGACGCCGCUCGCCGCCUGUGCGACCAGUUCGCCGCCAGCGACGCCGCCGCCCAGCUGCUGGCCGACGUCCGCCUGGAGGAGCUGCCGCCCGGCCUCGCCCGCUCCAUGCCCUGCCUGCUGGUUGAAGACACGGAGAUACUUGGAGAGACGUCGGAAAAGUUCAAGGCGCCCUUCUUCACGACGUCGCUGCUGUGGCUGACGUGGCGUUACUUCCUUCACGCCAUCAGGGACCCCACCGUGCAGAACCUGCGCAUCCUGCAGAAGAUCGCGAUCGCGGCCAUGGCGGGCCUGUGCUACCUGGGCACGGAGGCGCGCACGCAGGUGGGCGUGCAGUCGGUCCAGGGCGCGCUCUUCAUCGUGGUGGCCGAGAACACCUUCUCGCCCAUGUACGCCGCGCUGGCCGCCAUCCCGCAGGAGCUGCCGCUGCUCAGGAGGGAGUACCGCAGCGGCCUCUACUCGCCGCCCACCUACUACGUCGCCAGGCUGCUCGCCGCCCUGCCGGGCCUGCUGGUGGAGCCGGUGCUGUUCGUGCUGACCGCCUACUGGCUGGUGGGGCUGCGCGACUCGUGGCACGCCGUCGCCAUGACGCUGCUCGUCGUCACGCUGGCGCUCAACGUCUCCACCGCCUGCGGUUGCUUCUUCGGUUCAGCUUUCGACUCGGUGUCUACAGCGAUGGCGUAUCUGGUGCCCUUCGACUACGUGCUCAUGAUCAUGUCUGGGCUCUUCGUAAACCUCAGCACGCUGCCCGUGGCGGUCGAGUGGAUGCAGUACCUGUCCUGGCUCAUGUACGCCAACGAGGCGCUCUCCGUCGUCCAGUGGGAAGGCGUCACCAACAUCACUUGCGCUGGAGCGCCGGAGGGCGUGCCCUGCCUAAGCUCGGGCCGUGAGGUGCUGGACAAGUACAACUUCUCGGCGGACCGCCUCUCCAGCGACCUGGCGUGCAUGGCCGGGCUAUGGGGCGGCUUCCACCUGCUGGCCAUCGUCUGCCUCUGGGCGCGCGUCUGUUCCAACUGACCGCCGUGCUGAGGCACUGGCGGAAAAACGGACUGCCUACGACCGUCGGUGCUACACUGUUACAUUAUUGGUUCACACGCGCCGUUUCUGCUUCGCCUCUCGUGGUUGCCACAGUGCUCGCGGUUGGUGUCUGCCACGCAGAAGACAGCGUCUGGAAUCGCCGUCAUCGACUACAGACUGUGACGUAUGUGCCAAAUUCUACGACAGUGGCAUCUCAAGCUGUGGUCCGAGUACUCGUCCAACAAACAGCGAACGUUCCUUUACUGUUGCCAUGCUUGCAGACAAUGGUUGCUCUGAGCUUUAAUACCACAGGCACCCACCGAUAAAAGGAGUAUUAGUAUAAACACGCUUGUGAGGUACCACGUAAUAUUACAAAUUUUAUCUCUCUAUUAACUCCUUCUCAUACUUGUUUAAACAUGAACUAUUUUAGCAAUACGCAACAGAGACGGCUGCGGCGUAACGUAUUAAGCUAUACAACUCUGACAUAUCUGCUUCAUGCUGAUGAAAGGAAUGUUAGAUUUUUACAGAGAAAAGAGACUGUUAUUUAUUGCCACUAACAAGUAAGUUAUAUGGAGAUUUUCGUCUCACACAGCGCUAAAAAAAUUUGUAGGAAAUGAUUUGGAGAAAUUGUGAGCCUAAUGAUUCCUUACAUUUUCGUGUGUGUAUUUUUAUGACGCUAUUAUAAUAUAAAAUAAAAUAAACCUGGUCCUGGUAUCAGUUGAUACCACUUUCAAACCCACCGAAGUGCAAUAUACAAUUAGUUAAGCAUCUGUCUUGGCGAAGCAUUUCAUCGUUAAAAGAGACAUAAACUUCCAGGCGGUGACUCAUCUGACACGCUGUAAGAAAAGAAAACCAAUUUUUAGAUUCAUAUCUGCUAGAUAAUUUGUUGUCAAACAAUACAAAUUGCUCAGUGACUGUGACAUCGUUAUUCACCGGUUCAACUGCUCCCGAAAUUAAUUUUGUUGGCAUAUAUGUACUAGACAUGAACAGGGCGAGAAUAUAAGAUAACAAUUUGGAAGAUCUAACAAGUAAUAAGUUUCCUCAGAACAAGUGAAAUCUACAGCUUGCAAUUUGUGAAAAGUAGUAAAUGUUUUAACCAGCUUCAUCUACCAUGACAAUGUAUUCCAGAACUUCCAAAAUUUCACAGUCCAGUUGUAGCUUCUGCAUCACGAUAUAAAAUUGGCAUUAAAUUUUAAUUGAUUGAAAAUUCAUUUUCAACGAUACUUUUUGGAAUCAGCUUCAGAAUUAGUUCUUGUUUGCAUUUUAUGUAAAUACAUGUAUCGAACACAACAAAUUAGAAUUUUUAUAUAAGUUGUAAAUUGUGUAAAAGGCAUCAGUUACUUAAUUGCUGACUAUCAAGUAGUACACACUUUUUUCGUAAAUUUUAGUAUUUUGUACAUUGCAAUAAUCAUUUAAAGUAAUUAUAUGGGCGCCCCUGGUGUCGAUUAUUGUUAUUAACUAAAACCUGUCAAGAAAUGAAAUUCACGAUGUACCUUUACGACACUAACGCAGAGCUCAAAUCAUUUUAGUUAUAAUGAAUACAAACCACUAUCAUAAAUCAUCAUUGUACAGCAGAAAAGAGCGCCCUAUGGUCCUUCAAACCACAACGAGUCGUAGAACGACCAGGGUCAUUUGUGGGUAUAAAAACAUCAUCUUACGCUGCUCAUAGAGUUUGUUCUUUUGCUGUUGUUGUGACAGAUUGAAAAAAUCUUAAGAAACGUGAAGCUCCCUCCAUGUUGUAACAAGUUGCGUAAUGAUGUGAAUUAUUCCAAUUGUAUUACUAUAACAAAAGUGACACUACAUUUACGCCCACGAGGAGUCGUACCAGAGACGCGUACCUGUUAAUGUGCAGCACGGUCUUUGACACAGAUGACACCGUCGCCGCAUCAUAUGUAGGACUCCAUGAAACAACGCAGCAAUCCUGAGCCAUGACCGCGCAACUACGGGUGUGGUAAGUGCAGAAUCCGACCACCCUCCAGUGCUUUCCAGAAGCGUCUGCGUGAUCCUUCCUGCAUGUUGCGACACUGUUCAGUGUUCAUUUGUUGCAUACACAAACAGUUUGAAAUCAAGAAAGACGUAUUUUUGUGUUAAUUGGUUUUGAAGUGAAUGUGAAUUCUAGAAGCUGUGUCAGCG